AUCACAUCGAAUAGUCACGCUGUCGUACUAAGUUAACACAGCCCUUCCAUUUUAAAGAUUCAUUCUCGCAUAGUGUACAAACUUUAGAAUUAUAAUCAUAGGAACGUAGAUGAAAACUAAGUUCGGUUUAUUACUGGUAAGCCUUCAGUUAAACAGUUAACCACCGCAGUAAGCAUGGGAGAUGCUGGAGAUCCGCCUAAACCAAAACCAAGAUCAAUAAAAAAAUUCCAAAGGCCGUCGCGGAGACCACCGUUGCCGACAACACGGCCGCCUCCACCACCAGUAUCUUCACCACCCCCCACAAAUCAAGACCUUGAUGGAUUUGUCAUUGGUAACCCGUAUGCUCAUUGGCACGAUGAUGAUGUAGCAUACGCAAAUACUGGAGUAGGUUGUGACGUAGGCAGCGAGUGCCAAUCUUCACCACCAGCUGAUCCUCCAUCUUACGAUUCCAUUACAAAAUCAAGUUCGCCUGAAAUCGAUUCUCCUAAGUAUGCCAACGUUGCGGAAAAGAAGUCCUCCAUUAGCAAGACGCCAAUUCCAGCAGGUUUUGCCAGACGACACAGCGAACAGAGCUUCAUCAAAGGUGUCAUUGGUUUCUGUUUUGGGAUCAUUUUCGGUGGUGUGUUGUUUCUCGGUCUAUAUUAUGGAUUGUUAUAUAGUUUUUUCACAUCUUGCAUCAUCACAGGCGUUGCAACGUUCGGAAUGGCGCUUAGUCUUGCAUGUACCGUACGAGCACGUUGUGUAGCUGCAUUGAUGGCACCAACCCUCUGUACCUCUAGGGGACGCGCUGCGUUCAUAGCGUUCACAUUAACUCUACUGCUCAAUGGUCCCAUCGCAAACAUAUUCCAUAAUAGCAACGUAAUAUCAGAGUCGAUGAGUUGCAGUGCCGAGCUGCUGCAUGAACAAGGACAACAGAUCCAAGAUGCUGCAACGCAAUCAUUCGAUAACUACGUCAGGAAUAUACAAGACAGUAUCAAGAGAUUAGAAGAGACUGCUGCCAAUGUCAGAAAGUCACUUGAACCAAUUGAAUAUGGACUUGAAAGAAUAAACCAUGGGUUUGAGACAGCAAGUGCGGUUUUAUCAGAUGCUGCAGAUGCGUGCACAAGUAUAAUGGAGGUAGCAUAUAACGACUGCAAGGUUGUCUUGAACCGAAUUUAUGAAAAUUGUUUAAAGAAAUUGAGCAAAACUAAAAUACCCGGCGACCUAUGCAAACCGCUCGAUAUUGAUCCUCUUUGCGAGAUCAUCACCUUUGGAAACAAAGUUUGCAGGGCACCCGAAUUUGGAAGAGCUGUUAUAGAUGAAGUCGGACAGGCUACCGAACAUAUUGCGGAGAAGAUAGAAGAGAUGUUCUACACAGAUAUCGAUUUUGAUGUAUAUUGGGAUUCUAGGAGGAAUUCAAGCAGAUCUGCUGCCGGAAUCGCUUCAGCAAUUCAAUCAGAACUCGAAGAAACUUUCAACUUGUUCGACACUGCUGUCUUAUUUACCGAUCGUCUCCUUGCCCUCUCCGUCGUUUACCUUCUUUAUCGAGCCUACCAGUAUCACAAACUAUAUCUAACUAAGGAUAGAUUUGAUAACUUCUACAUCACGAAACAAUUUAGAAAACUUGAUAAAAAAAGAACAGAUAGUGGAAAGGAAUCAAUAUUACCAUUGAAGAAGAUAGAACGUGGCAAACUUAUAGACUUAAAAACACUAGCAUUGUCAAAAGUUGAGCGUGGGACAUUCGCCUUAGGAUUAGUAACUAUUUUAAUGUAUGUUCUUAUUGCUGGACUUAUUAUACUUGUUGAUUAUGGGUUGUUCUGGUUACUUGAUAUAAUCUCUAGGCAUGGUCAGGUGGAGUAUGAGCUGACAGGAGAAGGAACAACUGAGAUGGACAUCGGGGGAACAGGCAUGUUCUCUAACUUUGCUAGAGCUUUGUUGGGAGAUGGCUUUCAGAACAAUAAUGAACACAACUCAACCUCUGCCACUAACAAAUGUUUGCCUGUCCCUAAACGACCAGACGAAAGAAAUAAUAUAAUCAUCGGUGCGUUGUAUGGUGUUGCCAUAUUAAUGGUGUUGUUUCAAGCAUAUGCUUUAAGGCUACGCCGAUGCAUUGCUUCGUUUUAUUAUCCGGAACGAGAAAGAGAACGUAUAAACUAUUUGUACAGUCAGACUCUUAAGAAACGUAAGACAAUUCGGGAUAUGUUGCAGCAGCUUAUCAAAGAGAACGACAGAGAGCAAAGGGCGAUGGAACACAUCAGUUUCUCAUCAUGGCUUACUGCUAACAACGCUUGCUGUCGUCGAAUUAUGUGUCGCAAGGAUCGUGUAUGUAUAGGCUGUGCUUCAGAGGAGAGUGAAGACAAAUUCCACCAGUGUGAGACUAUAGACUGUAAGGGAAUGUACUGCGUGGAAUGUAUAAAGGAAGUUGGUGAACUAUGUACACUCUGUGAAGAACCGUUAAACUACAACUUAAGGGAAAUUGACGCUGUUCAGUGAAUUCCGUAGACAAAGCUAGUAGCUACGUAAAUUUUCCUCAAGAAAGUAUACUGUAUUGAGUUGACGUAUGUAUCUGCAUACAUUCGGAGUUCUCCACUUUGCGAUUGGUACAAUGCUGCGCGUCCACCUUAAAUCAGCUGUUUCUGAACUACCCUACGGUCUAGAAACGGGUGGCAGGUUUUAAAAACUGGGAGAUAUCAGAAGAUUAAAAAUGAAUUUAUUGUUGAUGGAUUAAACGCGAAGCAAUAAAAUCUGACUAAACUCGGUGAAGUUUGUCAACUGAUGAGUGCUUUCCGUUGUGUUUCUCAGUUGAGUCAAGGCAUGUCCACCGAUCGUGAAGCUAGGCUGCUGAAAGACAUUUCCUGUAUUUAGGACAUUUUAAUGUUGUCUCAUGGAUUCACAUUGUAAAAAAGAAGAAACAUUAAAUAAGAGCUUGGUUGAAUGAAAUUUAACUUAUGACUUAUGAGAGUGCUAUUUUUGUGAACCAGAGGUGCCAUGUCUUAAACUUUUUUUUUACCUCAUGGGCUUAGUUGUUAACUCUCAAACCCUCAAAGCUAAAACUAGGCGCAUAUAGGCUAUACCGCAACAAUUUAAGUGACUUACGGACCCAAGUUUGAAAAAGACAGAGGAUCAAGAGGGGGGGCUACUCGCAGUCAACGGCGAACGACGACUUCAAAGAAUCAUGAGAAAACGAAUUGAACAAAUUAAUGGGGAAGAAAGUCGUCAAAUUUUCUUUCCAGUUUCAUUAUUUCUUUCAUAUUUAAUAUUAUCUUAUAAGAAAAUGCAUACUUAUGUGUUUUUAUUUAUUUGUUUGAUUUAAUGUGCCUAAUGUCAUCUCUGUGUAUACCACAUUAAACUAUAUUUUAUUGCCCAUUAAAUUUCAACUGUACAAAUGUUUAUAUUAUAGACAUAUAUGAAAUAACUAUAUUCUAUUCUAUUUCAUCAAAUAUAAAUAUAUCUAUUUUUGUUGUAGGCCAAGAGUCCAUUUUAGCUGUGCAUUUGUCUCUCGAACCAAAUAC